AUUUAUUAUUCCCAUCCCUCUCGCCUUAAGAAAAGGACUCGUAAAGACAUAACUUGCAAGAGGGGGGAACAUUAGGGUUAGGGUAGCAGAGAACACAGAGGAAGGAAAGAUUCAAAGAAUCGAAUCCAAACUCUGUUAUUCCUCUCUUCCUCUCCCAACCAAUGGGGCUUCAAUCUUUUCCCAUCUCUGAAAUGGACACAACCGACGAUAUGCACGAGGCAAUGUUCGCGAAGCGAGGCUGCUGUUUAUUCCUCCCGUGUCUCGGAUCAUCUCAGCCGUCUAGUCACGGAGGAUCCGUAUGGUGGCAACGAAUCAGAACCGUGGAUAAACUCGAGCCUGACGAGCGUUGGUGGAUGUCCGGGUGGAGCAAGAUGAGGGAGUGGUCCGAGAUCUUGGCUGGUCCCAAGUGGAAAACGUUCAUCCGCCGCGUCGGCCGGAGUCACUGCUGCGGCGGGGUCGGAGACGGCGGUGGUGGUGGUAAUAGGACGGAUCAGGUUGAUUUCCGGUACGAUUCUUGGAGUUACUCGUUGAAUUUUGAUGAUGGUAAACAGACGGGUCAUUUCGAGGACGAGUUUCCUUACCGUGAUUACUCGAUGAGGUUCACCUCGCCGUCUCUGCCGGUCUCCACCAAAUGCUCUGUUGAUUUUGACAAUGAUAACUACGCGCCACCACCGCCGCUGGUUAAGUGAAAGGCACGCGCUUGUCUGUUUUUUCUUUUGUUUCCGUGGUAUGGGGAUUCUAACGUGCGAUGCACCGAUGAAAGACGUGACAUUUUUUAGAUGAAAGAUUCGAAGAAGAAUUAUUAAUUUUUUACACAUUUUCAUUUUUUGUUUGUUUGUAAUAUUCUUUUCACUUCAAAUUGAAAAUUUUCUUUU